UUUCUUUUUGAAGAAACCUCUUCUUUUUGGUUUCUCCAUUACAUUUAUGAAAGAAAGAGGAACUUAGAUACAUUCCGGCAAGAAAUAACUCCGAAUUCCGAUCAUCUUCAGCAGUUCAGAUACAGAAUGGGGACAGGGAAGAGAAUUGAAAGCUUAUAUAAUGACAUAAAUCAGGGGACUAGAAAUCUGAAUAAGAAUAACCUUGGUGGUGUUAUAUUCGGUUGCAGCAACGCCACCAUUGAAGAAUGUCUUUCCAAACAACUAUUUGGAUUGCCAGCUCAACACUUCUCUUAUGUAGUGAACAUUCAACCUUGUCUUCCAUUGUUUCUUUUCAACUAUUCAGACAGGAAACUUCAUGGUAUAUUUGAGGCAGCUAGUUUUGGUCUAAUGAAUAUUAAUCCUUAUGCAUGGACUGCUAAUGGUUCAACUAAAACUCAAUAUCCUGCUCAGGUUCAAAUCCGCCUCAGAUUGAAAUGUCAGCCAUUAUCUGAAAUAGCUUUCAAGCCAGUUAUUCUAGACAAUUAUUACAGCCAGAGCCAUUUCUGGUUUGAACUCGAUCAUGCUCAAACGAGUAGAUUGAUGUCUUUGUUUUCAUCUGUAGUUGUUGGACCAAGUUCUCAUCAAAAGUCAGCAAAGUAUUGCCCUCUCUUCUCAUUCCCAUCAUUGGCUGACAAGAGAAAUGGAACGGUUGUUUCUAAGCCGCCAUCUGCAUAUGUGAACAAUGAGUUACAUAGUUUGGAAACCAAUUGUUCUGAUGAAACGACUUUUGCACCAAAGGCUCGUUUAGAUGAGCGCAACAUAGAGAAAGAGAAGGAUCAUAUCUACAUAAAGCUAAAAGAAUUAGCUCUUGAUCGAUAUGGAUCAAACACACAAUUAACGGGUCUCAGUGAAAAUAAUGUUGCUGGUGGUGGUUCUCAUUCGAUGAACAAUUGUUCUAAUGCACCACAGUAUAGUUCAAAUGAUAAGGACACUGUGGUUCUUGAUAACACCUCCGAUUCUGUCAUAGCACAGCUUCUACAAGGCAUGGAGGAGUUAAAAGCUCUCAAUGUGGAAUACCUUCAAAAAGUUAGUUAUAUGGAGCAGAAGCUGGUCAAAGCUGAAACAGAGAUCCAACAACUAAAUAACCGAUGUGUGAUGCUGGAGUCUAUACUUCCUCCAGCAGGGCAUGUGAAAGCUCCAUCACUAUCAUAUAGUGAUGUUAAGUUUGAUUUCCAUGAGUCAAUACUUAUUGUUGGAGGAUUUGAUGGGAUCAAUUGGUUGUCAUCAUUAGAUUCUUAUUCCCCAUCACAAGAUGUUAUGCGAUCUCUUAAACCAAUGAAUUCCGCUAGAUCUUAUGCAUCUGUCGCAAAGUUGAACCAUGAAUUGUAUGUAUUUGGAGGUACACAUUCUGGUUCAUGGUUUGAUACAGUUGAAUCUUAUGAUCCAAUCAAAGACAAAUGGACCUCAUGUCCUCCUCUCAAUGAUAAAAAAGGAGGCUUAGCUAGUGCUACCAUGUACGACAAAAUUUUUGCAGUUGGUGGUCAAAAUGAGGUUGAAUACCUUGCCAAUGUUGAAAUGCUAGUUUUGGAACUUGCACGCUGGGUGCCCACAAGGUCAAUGUUACAAAAGCGAGCUUCUCAUGCAGUUGUAGAACUUAAUGGAGCAAUCUAUGCUAGUGGUGGUUUUCAAGGGACGGGUUAUUUGAAUUCUGUGGAGAGGUUUGAUCCUAGAGAACACUAUUGGACAAGAAUCGGGAGUAUGAACAUAGAAAGGAGCUGCCAUUCACUUGUCGUGUUGAAUGAGAAAAUAUACGCCAUUGGUGGUUAUAAUGGGAGUUCAAUGCUUUCAAGUGUAGAAGUUUACGAUCCAUGUUUAGGUUCAUGGAUGAUUGCAGAACCGAUGAAUCAAUCGAGAGGAUAUUUUGGUGCUGUUGCUAUCCAGGAUACAAUAUUUGUUAUUGGAGGUUCUUAUAACGAUCAUCAAUUGGAUACGGUAGAGUGUUAUAAAGAGGAUCAUGGUUGGAAAUUGACUAACUUAAAGGCUGUGGGAAAGCGAGGCUACUUCUCUUCCAUCGUUCUAUGAUUCGAUAGAGGUUUUUUGUUUUCAAUUCCAAAUGCAUUUGUUUUUGUUUUUAUCCUACAUGAAUGCAUCAUUGUAGUAACCUAACCUCCUAUUGAUCUGUUAAGAGAAAAUUGAGAUUGAAAAUCUAUGAGAAAAUAAGUAGGUUUUGAGAUUGAAAAACUAUAUAACUUGUUUGUUUUUGGAGAUUGAAAUUAAUAGAAGAACUAUGUUGGUUGAAGAAA